GGUUUGAACAAUUUCAUGUUUGCUGUGGGUGGCUUUAAAGUGAUUGCUUCUGUGAUGUUUCAUUUGGGAAUGCUGACAAAGGCGCAUUAGUCCUCUAGUCUUGAAUUGUCUUUCUUACUGUGAUAGUUUCAAGAGUCCUUUCACAGGGUUUUUAUUGUUAGUGAUGGCUUCUCAGUCACAGAAUAAUAAUUUGCCCAAAUCCAUUCUGUUUCUAUAUGCCAAUCAUGUCUUUAAGCUACUUUGUCUUUCAGGCAACAACCACAACUUUUCUGCUUUACUGUGAACUCAAGUUGAAUGCGGUGUUGGUAUUCCUGUGCAGCAAGUUCAUUAAAACUGUCUCUCUUAAGAUCUGGAGUUGACUAGAUUUGCCUCACACUAUCCCAUUAGUCUUCUGUUCUGUUCUAGUUAGAUACAAAGGACAGUGUUUAGAGAGAAACUGACAGUAAGUGCAAGUUCUAAGCAGAUCUGAUUGAGCAGCAGCUAAAGGAAACAGACAGCAACCAGCUUUCCUAAUAGCUGGUAUGUUUUUGUGUUCAAAAGCAACGUUACACUUUUCAAUUUUUUCUUAGCUGAAACUGUAGAAUCUCAUUCUGUUCACAUGCCCUUGAUUUACGUAUUCACUGUGAAAAUGCACGUGGCUGAGAUGAGAAUCAAGUUGAUCGCUUACUGCAGUGGUAAUGCUGAAUUGUGCUGUGUACAGAACUGUAUUUCUGGCCAGCAGAACUUGAAACACAUGGGAUUUAAAGGGAAAUAGAGAUGGGUUUUAAAUCUAUAAUUUCAGAUCUACAUUCAUCUAAAAAAGUGUUGCUGUGAUAGUUGUUUUGAUGUAGUUCUGAUUAUUUCACCAAUAAUUUCUCCCCCCAUGCAGAAAUGCUGUUCCAGAACAAAGGAGACAGUGGAAAGGACUGUUGCAAAACAGCUGUGCUGAAAGAGCUGCACUGCUGUCAGCUUCUUUGUGAAGACAGCCUGUACAAACUGACUGUGUCACCUUAAAAUCACCAGAAAGUGCUGCUUUUCAGCAAUCUAAGUGAUUCUGGGCUGGCAUCAAAAAUCAGUGCAGUUGUCUGAGUUUCAGAUUAUUUUUUUAACAAUUGAAUGGAGAUGAGUUUCAUCAAGACAGCCAUUAACUUGAUGACAUACCAUAGCUCACUUCAUACAACCCAUGCUCAUAAUCUUCCUCAAGCAAAUGUGUGAUAAAGAAAUGAAGGAGUAGUGCUUGGUAUCAGUGUAACCUAUGUAUGAGCAUAGCCUCUUAGGCUUGGGCAGCAUUACUCAGUUUGGAUGGAAAAGACUAUCGACAGCCUUAGGAAGUGAGAAAUCUCAUCUUUACAAAAUGCUCUCGAAGGUAAGAUUGUGGAAGUGGUAAAUUUUGAAGUGCUGCAACUGUUGGAAGGCAGCCCUUCAUGACUUAACGGAAGGGAGGCCCAUCUGCUUGUGAGGAAAGGCAACUGGUGGAAACUCUGAGAAGAUUUGUGAUUUCAAAAGGCAUAACUGGGCUCUGAAGCAGAGACAACUACAACUGCAGCAUCAAAAAGAGCAUAGAAAAACACGGGGCUAUACUUGCAUUUCAUGUCAUCGUCACUUCAUGAGGGAAGAGGAAGUUGAGCUGGAGCUCUGAUGUGCUUUCAUUUGUUGUUUAGUUCAUCUUCAGCAAAGACACCCUGAUGUGAGUGCCGUAAUAACUGCGUGAUGGUAGUCUCUUCACUGGAACUCCUUUUAGCAACGUGUGUUGGCUGCUUAGUAGCUGCAGAUCCCAGUAAUGUAAUAGUCACCCAAACACCGACGGAAAUGCAUCUGUCUAUUGGAGACUCCACUGAAAUAGCCUGUAUUUGGGAAAAGUCAGUUAAGAGAUAUAGAAUCAGCUGGUAUCUUGUUAAUAAGGAGAACAUCACCAGAACUGUAUCAUCAAAUCUUGUCUAUGUACGCAACGUCACCCAUCAAAUCAAGGAUGUCCUAGUGAUUGAAGCUGCCAGUGCAAAUGACACUGGGUUUUACUACUGUGAGAUAAUUAUUGAAAUACCUUUCUGUAAAAAAGUGUAUGGAAAUGGAACAAUGCUGGUCGUUGAAGAGCGAGAAGCUCAGUCAUUGGAUAAGAAAACGUCAGUAGUUUGGCUCAUCAUUCCCAUCAUUCCUUUCUUAGCUGCAAUGGGGAGCUUAUACUUCUGCUACAAAAAGAAACAGAAGUCGACGUUUUCUGGUUCUGCCCAGCUUCCUGCACCACAAGAAGGGCGUCAGGAGGAGCAGACACUUGAGGUGGCAGACAUUUAUAGAAGAACUGAAUCCACCAGAGAAGAAGCUGGAUGGGCUGUGUCUACGCUUUAUAACUCACUCGAUUCUUUUUACGAUGCAUCAAACUAAAAAAUGACAAACCCGCUGUCACUACUGGACCCAGUGCAGCAGAUGAGCAAAUCCCACGAACUGGGGCAGCUGCAAAGUCUACAACUGGGGUGUGGUGAGGAGCUUCAAUCCACUUUGACAUUCAGAACUAAAGGAUCAUGUAAUAACAAUAAUGUUGUUAACAAGUUAUGGAACUGAAAACAGUAUGUAAUGUUGUGCUGGAAUAUAGAUUACAUGCAUUUCCUGCGACAAGCGUGUCAGAAGAAAGGUUGGUUCAACACCAUUUCCUGAAUGUUUUCUGACUGACUUUAUUGUAAGGAGUCUAUGAAUUUUGAGAGCAAUUUUUAGAAAACUGUCUUCAACUCAACCAUUUUGAGUUGGACCAAAUGAUCCUUUCCAACUCGGGAUAUUCUAUGAUUCUAAAUCUUCCUCCAUGUUCAGAGUAUGGAAAUAAUAUAGGAUGCAUUAUAUUUUGAAAAAUCUUCUGUACUGAACAACUUCCUCUGAACAGCAAAUGCAUUUCUUCAGGUAGCCGCUCUGUAAAUCAGUCUUUCAUCCUGAGAGAGCUGGGGCUGUUCAACCUGGAUAAGGGAAGGCUUCAGGGAGACCCGCGAGUGGCCUUUCAGUAUUUAAAGGGGGCUGUAAGAAAGAAGGGGACAUAUUCUUCAGCAGAGUCUGUUGUGACAGAACAAAGGGAAAUGGUUUCAGACUAAAAGAGAGGAGAUUACCAUUGCAUAUAAGGAAGAAGGUUUAUUGUUGUGGUUUUUUUUAACCAUGAGGGUGGUGAGACACUGGCUCAUGUUGCCCAGAGAGGUGGUGGAUGCCCCAUCCUUGGAGACGUUCAAGAUCAGACUGGCACCUGAUCGAGCUAUAGAGGUAUCCCUGUUGAAUGCAGGUGAGCUAUGGUAGAUGGCCUUUGAGGCUGUUUUCCAACUCAAAUGAUUCUGUGAAAUUGCAGAAGUUAAAGGAAAAUGCACGUCAUGGUAAUGACUUGGCCAGGCAGUCAGUAGUACGGACAGGAUGACGUCUGCUCUCUGAAAAGGUCAUCUGUGCUGACAGUGUCAUAGCAUGGGUGGUGUGCCAGGAGGCGUCGUGUUCCUGUGGAAAGGGACAAGGCAUUAAUUUGCAGAGCUACGGAAAGUCUUUCAGAGAAUGCAGUCUCCUGUGUCAAAAGAAAUACUUGGUUUAAAUGAAGUUGUAUGUAAUAUAAUUAGGUGUAUUUAUUGCCUAGUGUCUGCUAUGCUGGACACAGAGCAGCUUUCCAAAGCCCUUCCAGGCAAUUGGCGCCAUCUCAACUGCUGGCUGCUGGCUGCUCAGCAUCCUGUAGUGAACUUGCUUUACAGCGUGCCUUGUGCUCUGGCUCUGUUCAUGCUGUGGUGGCUGCA